AUGAUGUUUUUCAAUGCAGAUACCACUUCAAUAUUUUAAAGAUUUCCUUCAGACAUUGAGGUUAAUUAAAGUACUGCUUACUAAGACUGUUAUGGAAAAGGGUAUUCAGAACCAUAUGAUCCAAGAUGUAGACCAUGGUAUACUUAUGCAAAAAAUAAUGAAGGCUAUUUCUUUUAUGAACCUUAUAGAGACGCAGUAUAUUAGAAUUUAGUGAUGACUUUAUCAAGUUAGGUGAAAUUUGAUUAGAAUUUUUAAGGUGUAAAUAGUGUAGCCUUCGACUUGAGCAAUCUCAUUGAGAUAUUUCUUAGCUCUUAAAGUUCAUAUUCUGUUUUAUUUCAUGAGUUCAAUAAUACUAUUUUUUAUCACCCUUAGCUGAAUGAUAAUAGUAUUAUAUCAUGGUAAGAUUUAGAAUUCAAAAAUAUAACAUAAAACUGUGUAACAGAAAUAGAUUUAGAAAAUUGUAAUUAAGAAAAAUAACAAUUCAGCUAUUAACUAUAAUAGACAAUAUAAUUUAUCAAAUCUGGAAAUUAUUCAAUCAACUAAUAAAAGAAUUUAGAUUAACUGUAUUAAUAUUGGUCAAAAUUUGGUGUUCAAAAUUAAACUCGUAAAUAUAGAAUAAACUCAGAAAAAUAGACUUAAAUCUCAAACAUAAAUUAAAAAUAAUCAUAAAAUAAUAUUUCAAAAUUUAAAUAGGAUGAGAUAAUAAAUAAAUCAUAUCUAUUAAAUUAAGAUUCUUUUAAAUAAACAUCAAAAAAUCUCUUUUUGACAAAUUAAAAUCGUCUAACUUUCUAAGAAAAAAUCACAAGAUCUCCUCUAUUGAAUGUACCAUAUUUAGAUAAAGUAGAUUUUUCUUGGAAAUAUGAUAGUAUUAGGGAAAGACCUUUAACAAAAUUAUCUUAUAAAAAUAUUUCUAAGACCAUAAUAAGCUCCUCUAAAGCAUUGAAUUAAUAAGAUGAUUCAUACAAAGACUCCUAGAAAGCAAUUUAAAGUGUUAACAAAUCUGUUAACGGUCUAAAAAAUGAAGGUUAAAUAUAAAAUUAAUAAGUAUAAAAGCAAAUUAAUCCACAAAAAAGUAAAAUACUUGAAGAAUUAGAGCCGUUAUUCUUAGAAAUGAAAAUUAUCAAAGAAACUUUUUAGAAUUUAGAAAGCUUAAUAAAUUAUUAAAUUGAUGCUUAAAGUUAAAAUUCUGAAGAUAUUAUGAAUGGGUUGUUCCAUUUUGCUAAAGCUAAAGGUACAUUUCAAAAGCUAUAAAAUCAAAAUGGCCUUAUUCACUGUUAUUAUAAUCUUGGUGUUAUUUCUUUAAUUCAAAAAGACUUUUAAUUAGCUUAAGAGUAUUUUUUAUCAGCAAUUUAAUUUAACUGUAUGCACCUAGGCAUAGAUUAUUAACAAUUAGAAUUAUAAAAAUAAAUUUUUGUUUAUGAUAUUGAAUAAGAUGAUUAGUUAGUCACGUUGAAAAAAAAAAUUUUAUGUCUUGCUCAUAGCUUGAAGGAGCUCGCUAUUGUAUAAAUAUAUAAUUAAAUUGAAUCUAAUUAAUUAAAACCGUUAAAUAACUUUAAGCAAUAAGAAAAUGAAUCAUUGAAAAAUACUUUAAAAAAAUCAAUUGACAACUUCAGAAUUUUAGAAAAUUUAAUUAAAGUUCCAAAUUAAAAGGUUUCAAAAUUAUUAGAGCUUUAUCUCGAAUAUAAAAAAAUCGGAUGA